CACCGGGCCAGAGUGCUCAAGCAGGUCGAUUGUGGAGGAACAGUUUCUACGUCCUUAACAAUUCGUUCUCCAUUUUAUAACUUCGCGUACCUGUGUCAUGUUAUCGCUCGCGUCACACUUGUUAACUUUAAGUCGACAUUUUUAGCAGCGAGCGAGGUAAUUUGUACCUUUCUUAAGGUAUUUAUUCAAGUUUUAAGUCCCUCGGUUCGCGCUAGGCGACGUCCAGCCGACCCCAUGAAAAUGGCCGACACUAAUAGGAACGUCGUCGACAAUAUCAACAACCUGAAUGAACGGAAGAACUUUGUGUGUGGAGUAGUUGAAGGUUUCUAUGGUCGACCUUGGACACCAGAACAAAGAAAGGAUCUCUUUUCAAAGCAACAAAAAUGGGGCAUGAAUUGCUAUCUCUAUGCACCAAAAGACGACUACAAGCACCGUGCAAACUGGCGUGAAUUGUAUACUGUGGAGGAAGCUGAACAUCUAACGGCUCUUAUCACUGAAGCUCGUGUACAUGGUGUUGCCUUCUUUUAUGCCAUAUCUCCUGGUUUAGAUAUCACAUAUUCAAGUCAAAAAGAAGUUUCAGCCCUCAAAAGAAAACUUGAACAAGUUGCACAGCUGGGGUGUAAUGCUUUUGCAAUAUUGUUUGAUGACAUUGAUCCUGAAAUGAGUGGUGCAGACAAAGAAGUGUUCCAUUCAUUUGCACAUGCUCAGGUGUCGGUUGCCAAUGAAGUGUUCACACAUUUGAGUCAACCAAAGUUUAUGUUCUGCCCCACCCAGUAUUGUUCCACACGAGCCGUGCCUAAUGUUCAGACUUCUGAAUAUUUGAAUACCAUUGGUCAAAAGUUAGCCCCAGAAAUAGACAUCAUGUGGACUGGACCAAAAGUCAUUAGCAAGAUUUUGAGUGUUGAGCACAUCAGAGAAGUAACAGAAGUAAUGAGAAGACCUCCUGUUAUUUGGGACAAUCUUCACGCUAAUGAUUAUGAUCAGGCACGUCUCUUCUUAGGACCUUACUGUGGCCGUUCACCAGACCUUAUACCCCUUCUUAGGGGUGUUGUCACAAAUCCAAAUUGUGAAUAUGGACCAAACUUCAUAGCUAUUCAUACUUUGGCUCAGUGGUCUAGAUCAUCUACAUUAACCAGCUGUGACAAUAAUGAUGCAGUAAGUGCAGAUAUCAGACUGGAAACUGAGGGUGAUGAUUCCAGUGAUGAUUGCCCGACUGGUUUGUCUCCAAAUACGUACCAUCCACGAAGAGCCUUGCGAAUGGCUCUCCAAGAUUGGCUUGCCGAGUUUAACCAUCCAGUUGCAGCAAUUGGAACUAUACAACAACCUCAGAUUCCAACCCCUGUGCCUAUACUUCCAUCAGUCAAUACAUGUAUGGCAUUAACAUCCACCACUUUGGCCACACCUGGUCUCCCUCAACCAAAUAUCAAUAUUUUAGCUGAAGUAGUACAAGACACAACUUUCAACCCAACUAUGAAUCCUGUUAUGAACUCUCUAGUCUCAGAAAACAAAGUAAUUGUGGAAACAAUACAUGAAGAGGCAGAUACAGCCUCAACAGUUUCCCAAGAUGCUUCGUCCACAUCUGGUGUAGAACCAAUGGAUUGUAAUCCCUCUCCAGCAACAUCCCCACCUCAUAAUGAAGAUAGUAUGAUGAUUGAAAAUGGUGAAACUUCAAAAGUAGAAAAUGAAGACGACAACACAACCCCUUUGAUUGAGACAACCACUCAGGAUGAACUAACUGCCUCUGUCAAGACAUCACUCACUCUUCCAUUAGAUAGUACUCAAGAUAAUUCAGAAGAACUCACAGUAGAUGACUUGCAUUUGCUAGCAGAUCUCUUUUAUCUCCCUUUUGAACAUGGUAGACAAGGCAUCAACAUCAUGAAUGAAUUCAACUGGCUGAAAAUAAAUUCACACUUAGUUAUUGACUACAAGAAAAAUGGAGAGGCCAGACCCGAGGUACAAGAAUGGGUUGACAGAGCUGCAAGGUUUGAUGAAAUGGCCAAAAAUGUGAAGAGAAUGGCAAACAGAUUGAACCAGGUCAAGAAUCGGUCCUUGUUGUAUGACAUCUAUCCAUACAUAUGGGACAUGAAUGGUGUCAUCUCUCUUCUUAACUCCUACGUCAAGUGGCUAGCUUUGGGCCAGGUUUCACCUCUGGUCAGCAACUACGUUCAUGGCAACUAUACCUGGUUCAGUAAGGGCUGGCGCGAAGUAUUUAUGUCUGGCGACCAGGAGCCAUGGAUCUUCAGGGGAGGACUGACCGCCGAAUUGCAACGGCUCAUACCUGUAGAUGCGAGCAACGACCUCUUUGUGUACAAAGCUCCAGAAGUACCAACAAAAAACAGCUAUUGCAUCCGGCCAUACCUGCCUGAAGAUCGACCUAAGCUAUACAGCCUGAUACUCCGCACAUCAGAUGAUCGAAGGGAUGGCACUACCUUAUAUGCAGCCCAUCCAGACUUGCCAGGCGACCUGGCAGUUGGAAGCUACUUAGAAGCACUUAAGGGUGAAGGUAUGAAGGAUGUGGUUGUUAUGGUGGUAGAAGAUGAAUGGGGUGAUCUCGUUGCAUAUAGCUCAAUCGCUGGGAAUGCUAUGGAACAUAACAGACGUGAGGCUGUGUAUCGUGAGAGUAUUCGAGACAAAUACCCAAAGGUAAUCAGAGAAGAAGGGAUGAUGUUGACACCUUGUGAAGAGCUCCUAGUGUCAUUAGCCUCAGAGCCACAACCUCCCCCAAAAGCCCUUGUUGCUUCUCACCCCAUCGCUGUGUCCCUUUCUUGUCUAUUCUCUCUUAAUGAUGAGUCUAUUAGCAAGAGAUUGCUAACUUGUAUGCUCGCAUCAGUCAGAGCUCGUGGUAUGUUUGCCGGGCACUGCAGUGUGAGUGUAGGAGAGAAGAACAAUUUGGAGCUAUACAGUCGACAUGGGUUCCUAGAGGUGACAACACAAAGUACAACACUCUACUUAGGAAGAUCUUUCUGAUGAUCAUCUUUGCCUAACAGUGCAAAUGUCAGGCGCUGCUAGUACCUGCUAUGUUGCAGCCAAAUUUGAGUGAGAACUCAUCUCGGGUCCCUUAUGUCAAUCGUUGGUAUCAAGUCAGUUUUACCUAGCAAACAUUUCCAGUCUUCAGCAUUAAUUGAUAUGCUGGGUCGUGGAAUUGGAAAAGCUAUUACAAUUUCACUCGACUUCCACUGAUUGUCUUUGAUACUGAAACUAUCGAGUGAUUUGGGAGUGAGUGAUCAUUCUCAAGGCUGUCUGCAUUCAGUUUAAGCUAUUGCAGCUGUUAAAUGUGAUAUUUAUGUUGACAAGUUGUUAGCAAAUUUCAUAAGAGGAAUAGUUCCUGGUUUAAGAAAUUUGAAUCAUUUCUUUAAAUCAUUUAUUUAGUCUUUGCCAACAAUUUGUUUACUUAUUUUUUAUUUUUUAGUCAUAUACAUAUUACAGAGUAUGUUUGAAUAUAUGUAGUCAUGUAAAGUUACAAAUCUUUUUAUCAAUAAAAUUAUUCUAUGA